UUCACUACAAUGAUGAUGUUUCUCAAAAUGAUGUCGAUGUUCAUCGUGGAACUCUUCUAUCUACUGAGAACUUGUACUGCUGAAGCUGUUGAUGAAAACCUUGUACAAACCUUUUUUUCCUUUUCCAAAUUCCAUAUCUUAAUAGCUACAAUGUUUGUUCUAAUCCUUACUAAACAGUUCUACAAUUUAUCGACAUCGAAUAAAGUUUAUCUCAUAGACUUCUCUUGUUACCAGCCGCCCACUUGGUUACGUGCACCUGUCUGUUCCAACCUUGAACACUACGAACAAGGUAAAUAUUUCAACAAGGAAACCAUGGAUUUCGUGACGAAACUACUUCUCCGGUCAGGUAUAGGAAGCAAUACGCAUUUCCCUAGAGUGAUGAGCAGCAUUCCCCCGGAACCAUGCCUCGAAGAUUCUUUGCAAGAGGUUAAGGACAUCGUUUUUACAUCGGUUGAAGAUCUAUUCCAUAAAACCAACAUUACAAACCCAAAAAUCAUCGAUAUUCUUAUAGUGAAUUGUAGUAUGUUUAGUCCUACUCCUUCGAUUUCCUCUAUGAUCAUCAACAAGUUUCAACUGCGAAGUAAUAUCAGUAGUUAUACCCUCUCUGGAAUGGGCUGCAGCGCCGGCCUUGUCUCUAUUAGUUUAGCCAAAGACCUUCUGAAAGUCCAUAAGAACUCAUUAGUUCUCAUCCUGUCGUUUGAAAUUCUUACAAAUAGUGGGUAUUUUGGUAGAAAGAAGUCAAUGCUUUUGUCCAACACGCUGUUUCGAAUGGGAGGGGCUGCUAUACUCCUAUCAAACAAGAGGCAAGACCGAAAAAUUGCGAAGUAUUCGCUCCAGCAUAUCAUCCGGACAACCAUGUCCUAUGACGAUCAAUCAUACCGUGCGGUGUAUCUAGAACCAGAUGAAGAUGGACUUGUUGGUGUCUCAUUGGCGAAGGACAUCACAAAGGUGGCAGUAAAAGCAUUAACGACCAACAUUACUAAGCUGGGUCCUCGUGUGUUACCUUAUUCAGAGCAACUCAGAUAUGGCUUAACAUACGCAAGGCAUAAAAUUUCCCCCCCAGCGAAAACUGAUGGUAGUAUUCCUGUGCCUAAUUUUAAGAAGGCUUUCGAACAUUUUUGUAUACAUGCUGGAGGAAGAGCAGUGAUCAAUGUUGUUCAGAAGAGCCUUAGCUUGACUGACGAAGACACUGAAGCGUCGAGGAUGACCUUGUAUAGAUAUGGAAACACUUCAGCAUCAUCAGUAUGGUAUGAGCUUGGUUACAUAGAAGCUAAAGGGAGGAUGAAGGUAGGAGAUAGGGUUUGGCAAAUAGCGUUUGGUAGUGGAUUUAAAUGCAACAGCGCCGUAUGGAAAUGCACGUCAAAGAAUGAUGCAACGGUUAAAAAUGCGUGGUCUGAUCGAAUUGGUAGGUAUCCUGUAGAGGUGCCUGAAGUAUUCGAUUAUUAAGAACAAUUGAUUUGGUUAUUAUGUAUCACUUAAUGAGUACCCAAUUGCCUAAUAUUACGAAAAUACAUGGAUUUCAAAUUCUGGUUCUUUUU